AUAGAAAUUAGUGAGAGUUCCUUUCAAUUAAUCUUCGUUUUUCAGACGAACCUAUAAAAAUGAAAAUGAUUGUAAUCUGAAAAGCAAUCUUCAUCAUCAGUGCACAUUAACGGACCCGCCGUUGAAGUUUAGAAUUCCGGCGAGCCAUGUUUUUGCUCCGCGUCCACUCAGUGGACGCCGACCACCCUCUCGAUCCCCAAACCAUCUUCCGAUCCCAUUCCCAAUCCAACAACCCUAAAUUCAGCGAACGCAGAGGCGCACUCCACUUGUUCCGAACCUCUCCCCGCUCCUCCCUCCCAACCCAAACCUCCCCCUCCACUCUUCUUUUCAUCCUCGCCGUCCCCAACUACCUCUCCUUCCACGACUUCAUUCCCUUCUGCGGGCCCCACCUCGACAACUUUUACGACCUUCUCUUCGUCAGGAACGACGGGACGGAAGAUCGCUAUAGCGUGUUGAUAAAAUUUGCCGAUCAGUUCGCCGCCGAUGAAUUUUACAGCUAUUUCAAUGGCAGGAAAUUUUCUCCCGCCGAGGCAGAGGUGUGCCAUAUUUUGUUUUUGCAAUCCGUGGAGUAUUCGGAGUAUGCAGAAGUUGCUGGGACUCCUCCUCCUGGUUGUACGGAAAUACCAACUUGCCCAGUUUGUCUUGAGAGGUUGGACCCUGAUACAAGUGGAAUAAUGACAACACUUUGUGAUCACUCAUUUCAAUGCCCUUGUGUCUCCAAAUGGACGUACUUGUCUUGCCAGGUUUGUCAAUUCUGUCAGCAACAGGAUGAGAAACCAAAUUGUUUCAUUUGUGGAACUAUAGAUGAUCUUUGGGUUUGUAUGAUUUGUGGGUUUGUUGGAUGUGGAAGAUAUAAAGAAGGGCAUGCUAUUCAGCAUUGGAAAGAUACUCAGCAUUGCUAUUCUCUUGAUUUUAAAACACAACAAAUUUGGGAUUAUGUGGGUGACAGUUAUGUACACCGAUUGAACCAGAAUCAAUCUAAAAUUGAUGGCAAGUUGGAGGAGAUAAAUUUUCGCUGUACGUCACUGGAAGGAGAUUGUGAUACGUGUGAAUGUCCUGAAGAUUCAGGAAUUAACGGGGCCCUUUUCAAAAGCAAAGUUGAAACAAUUGUGGAUGAAUACAACCGUCUUCUUACGUCUCAGUUGGAGACACAAAGACAAUAUUAUGAAUCUUUACUAGUAGAGGCAAGAAGUAAAAUGGAAAGUUCCAUGACUGAAGCAGUGGAGAAAGCUGCAGCUUCUGAAAUGGAGGAUAUCCAAAAUGAACUGGAAAAGUGGACAGAAGAAAGAAAUGUCAUUGCUGAGGUCAAUCAGAAACUCAUAAAAAAUCAAGAGAUUUGGCGAAAGAAAGUUAAAGAGGCUGAAGAGAGGGAAGCUACAUCAACUAAAGCGAUGAAUGAGAGGAUAAUUGAUUUGGAGGAACAGAUUAGAGAUAUCAAGAUCUUUCUGGAAGCGCAAAAAACAAUUGAUAAAAUGUCAGAUUCAAAUGGAAUCAAGGAUGGAACAGUCCUACCUGUGGCUUAUGAGUCUUCUCCAGGUCACAAAAAGAGAAAUAAAAAGUCUGGUCGAAGGCGGAAUUAGUUGCAACCUAAACCAGAAGACUUGUUCGUUCGAACUUAUGGAUCUUGGUUUUAGGAAUAGAAACACGGUAGUACUUGUUGAGGCCGCAAAAUCUUGAUGGUAUAUAGAAGUAGAACCAAUUCAUGGCCUUGGGUGGUUGUUUGCAUGUUUUAGAUGUUGUACAGUUGAUGCUUGUAGACAGUUAAUUCAACGAUUUUCGUAGUUCUAA